CUUCUUUCCUCGUUUGGCAGGGAAAUAGCUCCCCUGCUGUGAGACAACUCCAGGUGCUAUGGGGGGUUCCACACCAGUCCUCACCCUGACUAUUCCCCUAAGAACCACUUACUCUGUAUCUUUACUCAUGGAUCUCAGUCUGUGGCCGUGCCAGCUCUAACAUUCGGACAUGCCUCGGGUCACUGAAAGGCUCUUUCCUACACUGAAUAUAUCUUCUCGUUAUUCCUGCCUUGCUCAGAUGUUUUCUCUGAGGUUUUGCAUAUUCGCCCUCUUGGCCUUCGCUACUAGGACGUCUGGGGCUCUGCCAGAUGAUCUGGAUGGCGCUCGACAAGGUAUAUUGGGGGUCAACGCUUCCUUCGACUAUGUUGUGGUUGGCGCCGGAGCAUCGGGCUUGACUCUGGCCGCUCGCCUGGCCGAACAGAAGUUCAGUGUCGCUCUGGUUGAAGCAGGCGACUUUUACGAGCUCAGAUACCCACUAGCAAAGAUACCCGGAGCUGCCAUAGUUGGAAUAGGGUCCAGUGUCAACAGUACCACUCCCAUUGAUUGGGGGUUUGUUGCCUAUGGCGUUCCUGGAGCGAACUAUCGCGACAUCCAUUACCCCAGAGGCAAAUGUCUGGGAGGAUCGCCAAACAAAGAGGCUAUGCAGAAGUGGGCCGAACUCGUCGAAGACGAUAGCUACACCUUCAGACGAGUCCUUCCGUUCUUCCAACGAACGGCUAACUUCACUCCGCCCAACAACAAUGCUCGUGAAAGCAAUGCCUCGGCUUCAUUUAAUACGGGUGCGUUCGAUGAACGUGGCGAGCCUCUGCAUGUGUCCUAUCCCGACAAUCCCGUCUCAUUUUCGAGCUGGGUACAACGUGGGAUGGAGUCUAUAGGCAUUCCAGCGGCCCAGGACUUCAAUAGCGGGUCAUUGAUGGGUGCUCAGUAUUGUACUCUGACCAUUGAUCCCUACAAGAAGAUCCGAAGUAGCUCUGAAGCUGCUUUCAAAAGUACACCAAUACCACGUCUAGCAACGCUCGCACUAUACAAGAACACAAUGGCGAAAAGGAUUAUGUUCAGCCCGGAAAGGCGAGCAGUAGGGGUAGUAGUCAGGACGCGAGACUCGGAUUAUAUAUUGAGGGCCACACGAGAGGUUAUUGUUUCUGCGGGUGCCUUCCAGAGUCCUCAGCUUUUGAUGGUAUCCGGAAUCGGUCCGGCCAAUGCUCUGAAAGAGCACGGCAUUGAGGUUAUCGUGGACCUUCCAGGGGUAGGCCAGAAUAUGUGGGAUCAUGUGUUUUUCGGGCCCUCGUACCGAGUUGGGCUCCAAACCAGCACCAGGGUCGUCAACGACCUUCUAUACCUGGCCCAGGUCAUUGUCCAGUACAUAGCCUAUCAAGGGGGUCCAUUGACAAAUCAGGGGACGGAUUUCUUGGCCUUCGAAAAACUCCCCAGCGGGGUGCGGUCCCAGUUCUCCGAUGAAACAGUCGAGGAUCUAUCAUGGUUCCCUUCUGGCUGGCCCGAAGUCGAGUAUCUCCCAACACCUCUCUAUAUCGGAGACUUUUCCGAACCUGUUAAACAACAACCGCAAGAUGGUUCCCAGUAUGCGGCAAUUAUCGGAGCAUUGAUCGCACCGACAUCGCGGGGGAAUGUCACCAUCGUCUCCGACGAUACAGACGAUUUGCCGAUAAUCAACCCCAACUGGCUUGCUACAAAGACGGAUCAAGAGGUAGCUAUUGCGGUAUAUCGAAGAAUCCGCGAAGCGUUUAAGAGCGAGGGCAUGGCCCCGAUCAUCGUUGGAGAAGAAUACUUCCCCGGAGAACAGGUGCAGUCUGAUGAGGAGAUCUUAGAUGUGGUCCGGAACACAGUUAUGACAGUCUACCAUGCCUCCUGUACGUGCAAGAUGGGCGUCCGCAAUGACACUAUGGCCGUCGUGGACAGCCAGGCCCGAGUGUUCGGAGUGGAAGGGUUGAGGGUGGUCGAUGCCAGUGCAUUUCCAUUUCUGCCUCCUGGACAUCCCCAAUCGGUAGCCUAUAUGCUUGCAGAGAAGAUCGCAUCCAAUAUCAUCUCGUGGGCCUGAAUGCUGUGAUUGGCUGAGCCUGGCAUGGUUUAUCAUUACCACUAUUAUUAGGGAAACUCCCUAGCAUUUUUCCUGGACUUCCUAUGUACGGUGUGGCUCUGGCUUGCUGUCAGACGGUCUUCGAUUCUGAGCGGGAUAAACCUUCUUUCACGCUAAUAUU